AUGUUGGGUGGCUGCAUGGUGGCUGGAGAUGGUCAGCUCGAAACAACAGGUGGAAAUGGAUAUGCUCGGGACUACGACGAGACAAUACGGUUUCGAGAUCGGCCCACUUCACCUCCAGGCCCUCUGAUGCUCGAAAAAUUCACACGAACAUCUCGCAAGCACACAGCAAUCACACACAGCUGCAACGCAGCGGGUCACUUGCCAUUAUCGUCCAUGGAAUAA